UGUCUCACCAGUGUUACAGUGGUGUUAUGUAUGUCUCACCAAUGUUACAGUGGUGCUAUGUAUGUCUCACCAAAGUUACAGUGGUGUAAUGUAUGUCUCACCAGUGUUACAUUUGUGCUAUGUCUCACCAAUGUUACAGUGGUGUUAUGUAUGUCUCACCAAUGUUACAGUGGUGUUAUGUAUGUCUCACCAAUGUUACAGUGAUGCUAUGUAUGUCUCACCAGUGUUACAGUGGUGUUAUGUAUGUCUCACCAGUGUUACAGUGGUGUUAUGUAUGUCUCACCAAUGUUACAGUGGUGCUAUGUAUGUCUCACCAAAGUUACAGUGGUGUAAUGUAUGUCUCACCAGUGUUACAUUUGUGCUAUGUCUCACCAAUGUUACAGUGGUGUUAUGUAUGUCUCACCAAUGUUACAGUGGUGUUAUGUAUGUCUCACCAAUGUUACAGUAGUGCUAUGUAUGUCUCAUCAGUGUUACUGUGGUGUUAUGUAUGUCUCACUAGUGUUACAGUGGUGCCAUGUAUGUAUUGCCAGUGUUACAGUGGUGAUAUGUAUGUCUCACCAAUGUUACAGUGGUGCUAUGUAUGCCUCACAAUGUUACAGUGGUGCUAUGUAUGUCUUGCCAGUGUCACAGUGGUGCUACAUGUGUUUCACCAGUGUUGUUACCGUGGUACGACAUGUGUUUCAGCAGUGUUAUUACACUGGUACUACACUACAUGUGUUUCACCAGUGGUCAUGUUACAGUGGGACCGUCGUACACAUCAACGAUGAUGCCUAACAAACCUUACACAGCGGCCGAACCCACGACCCUGACUCACGAUGCUUUCCACACACUAUGUUCUCCAGCACAGAUGCCAACAUCUCAACAAGUUCAACAAAUUAAGUGGAGUCUACAAUGGUGCCUAACAAACCCUCCAAUUGGCUCUCCCAUUGCUCCUCCUGGGAUGUUUAUUGUAGUUGUCUCCUGCAACAAAAUACUCUUCUUUUUCCAGUUAACAAGGAUCAAUGUGCAGUUACCACCCGAGACAGAGCCUCCAAAUUUAAUGCUGCCUUUGGUAUACGACAGUGUGAGCAGAGGCCAUGAUCACGGGCAACAUUCCUAG